CCUGAAUCAUCGUCGGGAUCAUCAGCGCAAUCGGUCAACACCUUCGGUCAUUAUGGAUUGUAAAAAUGUCUGGGUCUGGAAACUUGUGAUGCUGGGUGGCGUAUCAUGAAGAGGCCACAAGUGCUGGCUCAGCAUGACAAGCUUUUGAGCUUCUAGGUGUUGCCUAUUCUGCAUGACAAACUGCGUUUCUGCAUGACAGCAAAGUGGGGCUCUUGGGUAACGUGCAUGACAGGUUCAAGAGUCAUGCCAGACAAGCAUGACAAACUUGCAUUCUUCCAGACCCAGACAUUUUUGCAUUUGAUAGUCAUGGUGGGAAUCAUGACCGAAGUUCUUGUGCUGGAUACAACAACUCUUGGUAUCAUCAUCAUGGUGACCACCAGAGCAACAGCUGCGAAAAUUUUUACAACGAGGAACAUCAAUACGAGUUUCUUCACAGUGCAGGCCACGAAGACUACAGUGGUAGUUCUGCAAGCUGUACUAGCCGUGUAGGAGGAGAUACAAAUGCAUCAGCCGCCGCCGACACAGCUUCUUCUAGUACAACGCAGGGCGGUGUGUACCUGCCUGAGCCGGCGGCAACAGCAGCUUGCUCUGGCUCCGCAGCCGGUUGUAACAAAGUUGCGGCCCAUGUUGACGAUGACCACAGCCACGGCGGCGUAUUACAUAGCACCGGCAGUUCUUGUAUCAGUAAGACGUUCACUUUCGCGACCAGUACCGGCACGCCUCGCGGGGAACAUCAAGCAGGUUAUUUGGAAACGGCAAUGAGUGCCAUUUCAUUCCAGCAUGACAAUUUUGGCAACACAAAUAACU